GUGAAACUAAACAUAAAAUAGCAGAUAGCAGCUAAUUUAACGUUGACUGAACGGCGGGACACACGGAUCAGAUCCAUCUUCUUGCAGUCUUUCCGUCCACCAAAGGAAAAUGAGGGAAGUGGCAGCAUGUGGAUUAUUCAUCCUUUUUUUCGACAUGGUGCUGUCUUUGGCACAGUGGGCUGGACUGGUGCUGCUGGAGUGCUCCAGCUGUGGUGGACUGGCAGGCGUUUGGGCCUUGGGGGCAGUAAAAUGGGCCUCUCUGCAUGUUUUCAUGUCUUUCCUGACUGAUGGAAAUCCAGAGGCUGUGCUCCGCAGGUUGGUGGCGCUCCUCAGCCUUCUCUCUCCUGCGUUAGAGACUGUGCGGACACUCAUGGCGCCUCCCUCGGAGCCUUACACCGGAUCAACUCCUGAUUUCAACAUGCUGCUCCUGGUCCCCUCGUCCUCGUUACUGGCCUGUGUGGUUUGGGAAAAGGGUCUCUGUGGUGGUGAAAAGUCGAAAAGGAACGACCAAGACCUGGAUAGUAGCAAGCUGCUUACAAGGGUGUUGAAAUACUUCAGACCAGACGUCCUUUACCUGAUUGCAGCUUUCAGUUUCCUCAUCUUAGGUGUCAUCUGUGAUACAUUUAUCCCGUUGUAUCAGGGGAACGUAAUCGAUAUGCUAGGAGGUAAAAUUCUUCAUGCAGAUUUUUACUAUGCAAUUGGACAACUGGCUCUCAUCUCUCUUGGAAGCGCUCUGUUCUCGGGCUUGAGAGGAGGUAUAUUCAUGUGCACUUUGGCUAGACUGAACAAGAGACUGAAGCAUCUGCUGUUCCACACGCUCCUGCAGCAGGAAGUGCAGUUCUUUGAAGAGAACAACCCCGGACGUCUCUCCUCCCGCCUGCACUCUGACGUGGACAGGAUGGGCCGCACGGUCGCACUGAACGCCAACGCACUGGUUCGCAGCACAGUGAAAACCUGCCUCAUGCUCGCUGUGAUGUUACGCCUGUCCUGGGAGCUCACUGUGCUCACCUGCAUAGAGAUGCCGCUCCUGGCUUUAGUGCAGAACAGAUACAUCACUGUGUCCAAGGAGAUGAAAGAACAGAUCCAGGACUGCCACGCUCAGAACAAAGAGCUGGCCCAUCAGACGGUCAGCGCCAUCCGAACGGUCCGCAGCUUUAAAGGAGAGGAAGGUGAACUGAAGAGAUAUAACGCAGCUCUGGAGGAGAUGGGAUCUGUCAAGAGGCGUUCAGGAAUCUACAGUGCGGUCUUCCUCUUAAUACGAAGGCUGGUCAGUCUGGGGAUAAGGAUCCUCAUGCUGGUACAGGCCCGCAGUCUCAUCUCCGCGGGUCAGCUCAGCAUCGGUAGUCUUGUGUCCUUUUACUUGUACCAGAAGCCCAUGUCAAACAAUUUAAGGGAGAUUUUGUAUUGCGUUGGAGAGACGGUGUCGACAGUUGGGGUCAUUUCCAAAGUGUUCAGCUAUCUUGACAGAACACCAAAGUGUAAGAAAGCAGGAGAGUUGGCACCUGAGAAGCUGAAGGGAAGAAUUAUUUUCCAAAAUGUCACUUUCACCUACCCUUCUCAAGAUAAACCUGCUCUGAAGUCACUUUCUUUUGAGCUGAAGCCAGGGAAGAUGACGGCCCUGGUGGGUCCAUCGGGCAGCGGAAAGACUUCCUGUGUGAGCCUCCUGAAGAGGCUCUAUGAACCUCAGGAGGGACAGAUCCUGCUGGAUGGAGAGCCGCUGCACCAUUACCAACACAAAUACUUCCAUCAAAAGAUGGCCCUGGUAUCCCAGAAUCCUGUGCUGUUUUCUGGCUCACUGAAAUACAACAUUGUUUACGGCCUGAAGGACUGCGCCAUGCAGAAGGUGAAAGAAGCCGCGACGAAGGCCAACGUAGACGCCUUCAUCUCCGAGCUGGAUAAUGAAUAUGACACAGACGUUGGAGAAUGUGGCGGCAAACUUGCAGAUGGAGAGAAGCAGAGCAUCGCCAUCGUCAGAGCUCUGGUUCGAGAUCCGCAGGUCAUCAUACUGGACGAGGCCACCAGCAAACUGGACGUCGGCGCGCAGCAUACCGUGCUGCAGGAGGUUCUGUCGUGUGGUCGGACGGUUCUGGUUGUGGCUCAUCAGCUGAAGACUGUGGAGAAGGCAGAUCACAUCAUCUUCAUGGAGAAGGGAAUAGUCGUGGAGGAGGGGACGCACAAACAGCUCAUGGCCAAGAAAGGACGCUACCAUCGUUUGAAAGAGGAACUGUUCUCUCAAACCAGCUGAGAAAAAAAAAGGCUUUAAACUUA